UUUAUUGGUACCAUACACACAUACAUUUUCAACCGCGCAACUAGUCAAUCGCUGACAUUCCCUUUGGUCACGUGACAGGGAAACGCCUGCCCUCUUUCACCGCGUUGGCUUGUGGGAAACUUGACGCUGGACUGCGUGUGGAGAGAGCGAGGCAGGCAAGAUGGACGCGGGAUUUUUCCGCGGUACAAGUGCAGAGCAGGACAAUCGAUUCAGCAACAAACAGAAGAAACUUUUAAAACAACUGAAGUUUGCAGAAUGUCUGGAAAAGAAGGUGGAUACGGGAAAAGUAAAUUUAGAAGUAAUUAAGCCAUGGAUAACCAAACGUGUUACAGAAAUCCUGGGAUUUGAAGAUGAUGUAGUCAUUGACUUUAUCUUCAACCAGCUGGAAGUAAAGAACCCAGACUCCAAAAUGAUGCAGAUAAAUCUUACGGGAUUUUUAAAUGGCAAAAAUGCUCGAGAGUUCAUGGGUGAGCUAUGGCCACUACUGCUAAGUGCCCAAGAGAAUAUUGCUGGUAUACCUUCUGAAUUCCUGGAGCUUAAAAAGGAAGAGAUAAAACAAAGACAAAUUGAACAAGAAAAGCUGACCACUUUAAAGAAGCAAGAUGAUGACAAGGAUAAAAGAGACAAAGAUGACAGAGACAAAAAGGAUCGAUCCAGAAGUCCAAGAAGAAGGAAAUCAAGGUCUUCCUCACCUUGGAGAAGAUCUCCAGUCAGAAGGGAAAGGAAGAGAAGUCACUCUCGUUCACCACGUCACAAGACAAAAAGCCGAAGCCCUUCACCUGUCAUUGAGAAAAAAGAGAUAGUAAUACCAGAACCGGAACCAUCAAUUAAAGGGAGAGAGCCUUCUGGCCAGGAGGCCACAUCAACAAGUGAUCUAUUAAAGGCUAUGAAACCAGAGCCUGUUGCAGAUAACAAGGAGAGCUCACCUGAACCAAAUACUCGCAAGGCAAAAGAGCGAGAGCGGCAUCGCCAUAAAUCACAUUCACGCUCAAAGUCGAAAUCUAAAUCUCGGUCUCCUUCACACCCCAGGCCACGUAGACGCCACAGGUCACGGUCCAGGUCCUACAGUCCCAGGAGACGACCAAGUCCUAGACGUAGGCCUUCUCCAAGAAGGAGGAGCCCUCCUCGCCGCUUGCCUCCUCCACCUAGACAUAAGAGAAGCAGGAGUCCAGUGAGGAGGAGAAGACGUUCUGCUUCUUUGUCUGGAAGCAGCUCAUCUUCAUCAUCUUCACGGUCACCUCCACCCCCAAAGAAGCAGCUCAAGAGGAUCUCUUCCAGUCCUCCCCGCAAACCUCGACGAUCUUCCCCUUCAUCAAGUCCACCGCCACGAAGAAGGUACAGGCCAUCUCCAACUCCACCUCCAAAGAGAAGAUCCCCAUCUCCAACUCAGUCCUCUCGUCCUAGGAAGGUUAGAGGUUCUUUAUCUCCUCCAAGGCCUCCAGUCGCAAAACAUAAAGUUAUUGAAAUGAGGAAGUCCCCGUCACCUCCCUCAAAGCCCCGUAAAAGGGAUUUAUCAGAAUCUGAUGAUGACAAAGGAGGAAGAAUGGCGCCAACAGAUUCUGUGCAGCAGCGUCGGCAGUACAGACGGCAGAAUCAGCAGUCAUCUUCAGAAAGUGGUUCUUCAUCCUCUUCUGAAGACGAAAGGCCAAAACGUAUUUCUGUAAAGAAUGGAGAGGUUGGAAGGAGGAGGCGACACUCUCGUAGCCCUUCUGCUUCACGAAAACGGGCUAAAGAAUCCUCACCACGGAUGCUGACUGGAAAGAGGUGGCAGUCCCCUAUGCUGAAAAGCCGAAGAAGGAGAAGCCCUUCUCCACCCCCUUCAAGAAGACGAAGAAGUCCAUCCCCUGCUCCUCCCCCCAGAAGACGUCGUUCUUCUUCUCGUCGACGCAGAUCUCCGUCUCCACCCCAACGCAGGCAUUCUCCUGCUCAAAGGCGAUAUUCUCCACCUAUACAAAGAAGAUACUCUCCCUCCCCUCCACCCAAAAGAAGAAACUCAUCACCUCAUCCGCCUCCUCCAAAACGCAGGGUCUCAUUAACUCCCCCCUCAAAACGUAGAAUGUCCGGCUCACCACCACCCAAACAUAAGGGCUCUCCAGGAGGCAAGAGGCGUUCCCCAUCUUUGACAUCCAAACAUAGAAAAGGGUCUCCUCAAGCCAGAUCGGGCCGUGAGACCCGGUCAUCACCACAGAUUAAUCGGCUAUCUCCUUCCCCACUCAGUCGGUUAGACAGAAGCUCAGAUUCCCCUUCAGAACAGAGGAGAGUUCCAUCAGUAUCUCCACCGAGGAGGCAGCCAUCCCCCUCUCCUAGUCCACGGCCGAUCAGAAGGGUGUCUAGAACCCCAGAACCGAAGAAAAUAAAAAAGGAAUCAAGUCCAGAACCAGCCAGAAGGGCAACCACAUCCAGAUCAGUGUCAGGAUCGCCUGAGCCAGCUCCUAAAAAUCAACAAGCUUCUCCUUCACCACCUAGAUCACUGCCUCAGUCCCGCAACUGGUCUCCAGCUCCCGAGCCUGCCAAAAGGGCCAAGAGCACAACUCCUAGUCAGUCACCUGUUCAGAUAUCUGAUCAGGAGGGUGGAGGAAAAAAGAAGAAAAAGAAAAAGGACAAGAAGCAUAAGAAGGAGAAGAAGCACAAGAAACACAAAAAACAUAAGAAGGAAAAAGCCUCAGCUGCUUCUCCUGAGCCAGUAGAUAAAGAUGAAGAUACUGAAGCAAAGAAGGAGACUGAAAGCGAUGGCGAAGAAACUCUAGACGAUUUGGAGAAGCAUUUACGAGAGAAGGCUCUGCGUUCGAUGAGAAAAUCGCAGGUUUCUCCACAUUCCUAGUUGUCGCUUCAGUUUGCUGCAAUGUAAAUUUUUUUUCUUACUCGGUUUCAGACAACUGUUAAUGCAUUUCUAUGUUUCGUAUAUGUCACUUAUACUAUAGUUGACCUUUUGCCAUUUAAAGCAUAAAACCAGAACUAUUCAAUUGUUUCAUGAUUAGUGGCAAGGAAGAUUGUAACUGGAGAGUAGGGUGGCUAUAAAUUUAGAGAAAAUGAAACUGCCUGUGCCCGCAUUUUCAGGGUUAUUUAUUUCUUCCUACGCCAUCAAUAAACAUGCCUCGGAUAUACCAAGUUAAAUAACUGUACAGGCUUUCUCUUUGUAAUGUUAAUGUAUAAAAGAAAUGCCAUGCGAUAUUUACAUAAAGAUGGAGGCCGUUUAAUAUACAUUGUUUUGUGAAAGGAUUGCAACACAACUAAAAUGUAAAAAACCCUUUUACAAUAAGGUUGUGGUGUUCUGUACUGAUGUAUAUUUUCAACAACAAUUUAACUCUGGUCCCCAUGUAUACAACACCUUCAUGUUUUUCUUCGUAUUACAGCUGGUAUUUCUUUUAAUGAGCUAACUUGGAACACUGGAAUUUAAUUACUUUAUUAAAGGCAGCCCCCCUGACACACACACACACGCCUUUGGGGUACUCAUUUGUCUCCCUUCUCCUAAACUUAAUCAAAAACCUCAACCCAGAUCUUGGUUAUUGUAAUGUUUUCAUUUUCCAAAGCUUAAACAAAAGUUGUCUUAAGAUUUGUGGAUUAAAAAGUAAAUUUCUACAUAAA